AAAACAGUGAACCGAAAGAACACAAUCUACGAAAUAAAAGAUAGUUCCGGAAGUAUAGAAGUGGUGGGGAAUGGAAACUGGCACAACAUCAACUGUAAGGAAGGAGAUAAACUCCAACUCUUCUGCUUUCACCUGAAAACAAUUGACAAGCAACCAAAGUUAGUGUGUGGAGAGCACAGUUUCAUCAAGGGGAACUCAAUCAAAAAGUUUGUAUCUACACAAACAAACAUGCUGUUCCAGAUAAUGACCAGCCUUAACUUCAAGUCAUCUACCUGUUCAGAUCUUGCUGAGCGUCAAUGUGAGACCCCUCCCAGGCAUUUAUCUGGCCUUGUGGAGGAUCACCCUCAGGCCUCUCCAGGACCUAAACCAAGGAGAGGAACUGUACCAAAGGAGCCUUCUAGGGAAGAAGGUCACCAUCAAGGUCCCAAACAAGUGAUGGUGUUGAAAGUAACAGAACCAUUUACGUAUGACCUGGAAGAAGGGAAAAGGAUGUUUCAUGCUACAGUGGCUACUGAGACUGAGUUCUUCAGAGUGAAGGUUUUUGACACAGAUCUAAUAAGCAAGUUCAUCCCAAGAAAUAUCAUUGCCCUAUCAGAUUAUUUUGGGUGCAAUGGGUUUCUGGAGAUACACAGAGCUUCCUGUGUGUCUGAUGUGAAUGUUAACCAGACAAUGGUUGUCUCAAAUACACUGAAGCAAAGAGCUAAUGCAACUCCUAAAUUUUCUUAUCUUUUCUCACAAGCAAACGGGACAUUUGUGAAUGGAAAUUUUGAAGUAUGUGAGAAAACUGAGAUGAAUGAAACCAUUUACUAUGGAAUUGAAGAUAAUACAGGGAAAAUGAAAGUGGUAGUUUAUGGACGACUCACCAAUAUCAAGUGUGAACCAGGCAAUAAACUUAGACUUGUCUGCUUUGAAUUGACUUCCACUAAAGAUGGGUGGCAGCUGAGGUCUGUAAGUCACAGUUACAUGCAGGUCAUCAAAGCCAGAGGGUGAAGCCACUCAAUCCAGACUCAGUCAGGAGGACCACUCUGGAACCAUACUUUUGAAAGCCUGGAUGCCAAUGAUACUGUUUGAGAAGACAAGAUUCAAGUAGAGAAAGUUAAUGUGCAUAUGGCCUGUUGAAAUAUCAGCCCUAUUAAAAUUGGCUUUUAAUUCUAGGAAAUGGUGCUUUCUUAUGUUUUUAAUACAUUUUUCUAUUAUCUAAAUUUCAUAUGUUGUCUUUAUAACUUCUAUAAUUGUUGAUUUGUAAGUUUUAUACUUAAAACUUUAAAAAAAGACACAUUUUCUGUAAAGCACUGUGCCUUUGGGAAUAUCCUUUAACCAUUUGAGAGGUGCUUUAAAAUAAAAAGUUAGUGACCCUCAGGUAAAGCUGG